CACUGAUCUUAAAACUGCCAUUAUCAUUAAUUCUUGGAAUCGUCAUUCGUGGACUUCGUCGUUGUAGUUGGUAUCAGGAUCUUUGUCAAUUCAAGUGUUUUUGGGUUUUGUCAUUUCAGCAUUCUUGUGAACAUAGAUUUGCUGUUCAUAAAGUUCUCUUUGUUAGUAUAGUCUGGGCAUUGUUUUCACUUCAGGGGCCUAGUGCUUGGAGUAGUCUUGAUAAGCCUUGGUCUGGUUCUUCAUUAGUAUAG